GUUACCGUCGUGCAGCAAACUCACGUUCGCUCGUCAUCCGGUAGAUUCUAAUCACAAACUGGGUUCUGAUAAACAUCUUGCUCCUGUUGUGCUUCUUCUUACGGACGGGUACGUGCAUAUGUUUUCCAGUAAUCUAGUAGACAGGAUUUACUGCUUAGUUCAAGUGUUGUGUAGCAGCGAAAUUUAGUUGAGAAGGAUUAAGAAAGUAACGUCCCUGGGUAUGGUUGGUCGUAGCAGGACACUUAGAUAUGUGUGACGUCGAUGAGGGCCCGCUCGGUGAGAUAAGCCUCCUACGGUAGGUGGCGAAAUGGGUGGCGUAGUCGGCACGUGCGUGAUCUUGGAAGCAUCUCGCAGAAGAAUUUUAAAUUGCUUUGGGCAGUGUUUAGUGUGUGGGUGCGUUGCAAAGUACAACCACCAGUUUGGAAUCAUUCCGUCUGUGCAAUUAGUGUGAGACCAUUGAUCGGUUGUUCCUGAAUGCGAGCAGUGUAAUUCUCCGCAGAUCGUACGACGCAAUGAAGGUCUACGGCAGACUGGACUUCCCCUAUUUAUGGAUAGUGAAUGGCUAGAACGUGAUUCUGUGGAUUAUAGCUGCAUAUACAUGUGCGCUGGAGGCGCAUGGUGUUUGUUGAGAAAAUCGAUCAAGCUUACGACGUUUUGACGAGAAAACGUUGCCGGAUAUCGCGAAAAAUGUGGUGGUUGACUUAAGGUGCUAAACUAUCCGUGAACAACGCAACGACGUUAUUCUCUGAAUAAUUUGAAAAUUGCGGUAUUGAAUCUUCGAUAAAGAGAUUCAGUGCAGAAGUUGAGCAAAUUAUCAAUAUAUUCAAAUCAAAUUAGUGUUAAUUAGUGUACCACGUGCAGAAAAAUUUAGUUGCGCUCAUAACUAGUGAUAAGUGUGAUUGAAAACAUAUAAGUAUUCAAAGUGCAUUGUUGUAAAGUAUAAUAGAAGUAAGAUUAACAAAUAUCUUAGUAAUAGUGCUAAAAAUCAACCUUGUAGUCAUUCGAAUUAUUCCUACUUCGAUUCUAGAACUGCCUCAAUAAUUACAUAAUCGAUGCAGAAAAUCAAAUCUAUAACAAUAAUUGUUUGUCAAUUCAUUGUUCGGAGAAUCAGUUGUUCCAAAAAGUGGGUUCCAGUGAACGAAUGACAAGAAGCGGCCCGCAUAACGAUUAAUUGGAUUGAGAAAAAAACACUUCAAGUGGGAAAGAAAACAGGUGCUUGAGUGAAAUAACGACAAACGAGGUGAAUCUCGGUGGAACGGACAGUGUUUGUGAAUAGACAUCGAUUGUUUAGUGCGUGCUGAAAAGGAAGACCUCGGAAAGGUGGAAGGAGCGAAAGGACUUUUUCUGAUUAUCUUAUCGUUGGAGCAGUUGUUCGUUGCAGAAAAUCAGGCUGACACCUCCGCGCGGUGAAUAAAAAGUUCUACGUCAGUAUCACGAACAUCACAACCAGUGUUGCCAGUCGUCGUAGCAGUCGAACAUAAGACUUGGUAGCUUUCCAUGUCACAGCUAAUUGCCCGUAGCGAAUGCCUGUUUCCUGUUCUAAUCUGUGAACUGGGAAUGCCGGUGGGCACUGGAAGAAAUCAGUAACUUUUGUGAAAGUGAAAUAAAGCGGGAAAAAGAAGGCAACGACGGAAGCAAACGUCCAAUUUUCAACUGUGGCGCUGUACUGUAGGCAGUGGCGAGGGCACUGCUUUUGCGAAAGGAUCCGGUAGUAUAGUGAGUUCGAUACAGCUAAGCGUGGUCAACAAUGAAACUGAGUGUCAGUGCCUACCGAGCCCAUGCAUCAGCACACAAGAAAAUUCUCUCCAGUAGCAGCUACCAGACGCAAUUCAACUACGGAAGCACUGCGGCCGCCUGUAGCUCGACACCAACAUCAUCGGGCCUGUUUUCAGUUUGACAUUGAGUUAUUGCUAGUGUGGUUUGUCGCCGGUGACCAGCUGGAACUGGUGUCGGUCAACCGCAUGUUCUGCCGGCAGGCGCCCCGAGCAUCAGCGACCACGAUGACGAUGGACCCGGCCAAUCCGAAUUCGGCCCUACUACCAACAUGUGCGACAAUCUCCACCGGCGCCAACCCGAACACAACCGUAUCCUGCAUUGGGGGUAUUUCUUCCGCGGUAGUCCCAGUCGGCGAGAACACUUCAUCACUGCUCAGCCCCACGCUUCUAUCACCGGGAACCAACACUGGAACGGCAUCAAUUGCCACAUCCCGCGAUGAUGAGGACGAUUCCAGCAAUCAAAUAUCAUCCACUGGCAGCAAAAGCUCCGGCCAACGGACCAAGUCGAACCAGCGAUGGAUGAAACUUCGGACGACAGUGCAAAUAUCGUCUGCUAUGGCCAAGAAGCCGCCGCUCAAACGGGAGGAUUCCUUUCUGAAACGAUUCUCUACCCGGCAGAUACCGGAAACGCAGGAAACCGUCGAGGAUACCGGCUCGGAGGGAGCCACUGAUCCGGACAAAACGGCCCGGCGGCGGCGGCGCCUGAAGAUACCGAAGUCUGUCGUCAAUCCGGACGAAAAUUUCUACUUCUACUGGCUAAUGGUGCUCACCAUCAGCAUUCUGUACAACAUGUGGACGCUGAUCGUGCGCCAGAGCUUCCCGGAGCUGCAGGAAAAUGCCUCCAAAUUUUGGCUGAGCUGUGAUUGUCUUACCGACCUUGUUUUUAUAGUAGAUGUAGUUGUGCAGCUGCGAACCGGCUAUCUCGAACAGGGACUAAUGGUCUACGACUCGAGGAAACUGGCGGGCCACUAUCUUCACUCGAGUGAUUUUUUACUAGAUUUAGCCACGUUAGUACCUUUAGAUAUUUUACAAAUUCGCCUCGGCACCCAGCCUCUGCUGCGAUUUCCUCGGUUUUUCAAGGUUUAUCGUGCAAUAAAGUAUUACUACAUCGUUGAAAGCAGGACGGUUUGGCCCAAUCUGUGGCGGGUCAUAAAUUUGAUUCACAUCCUGCUCAUUCUGGCCCACUGGUUCGGAUGCUUUUACUACUUGCUCUCCGAGGCGGAAGGAUUCCAGGGCGAUUGGGUUUAUCCCUACCGGCCAGGGGACUAUGCUACACUCACCAGAAAGUACCUGGGCAGUCUGUACUGGUCAACGUUGACGCUGACCACCAUCGGAGAUCUGCCGACACCGGAAACGAACGCUGAACCGUCUCAAUCGGCGGACGGCCCUAGAUCUCUUCCGCGACGUGGACUGAAAUCACGGCUCCUACAGUUCAACUCAAGCCGGGGAUAUGUGUUCACGAUUGUCAGCUACCUGAUCGGCGUGUUCAUUUUCGCCACCAUCGUGGGUCAGGUCGGUAAUGUGAUAACCAAUCGGAACGCAAACCGACUGGAGUUUGAGCGACUGCUGGACGGCGCGAAAACUUACAUGAGACACCAUAAGGUACCUGGCGGCAUGAAACGGCGUGUGCUACGGUGGUAUGACUACAGUUGGUCCCGCGGCCGGAUACAGGGCGGUGGGGACAUUAACACCGCCUUGGGACUUCUGCCGGAUAAGCUGAAGACGGAAUUGGCGCUGCAUGUUAAUCUGAGUGUGCUCAAAAAGGUCACCAUUUUUCAGGAGUGCCAACCGGAGUUUCUGCAUGAUUUGGUACUCAAAAUGAAGGCGUACAUUUUUACGCCUGGGGAUUCAAUCUGUCGGAAGGGUGAGGUUGCCCGGGAAAUGUUCAUUAUCGCAGACGGUAUCCUGGAGGUGCUGAGCGAGACGGGCAAGGUGCUAACCACAAUGAAGGCGGGGGAUUUUUUCGGGGAAAUCGGAAUACUUAACCUGGACGGGUUAAACAAGCGAACGGCUGAUGUGCGAUCAGUCGGUUAUUCGGAGCUCUUCUCGCUGUCACGUGAGGACGUACUGACGGCGAUGAAGGACUAUCCGGAAGCACAAGAGAUUCUUCAGACGCUGGGACGCAAAAGACUGAUGGAGGUGCGCUGCGUGAACAGAAAGCACGCCAGUAAACAUGCCGCGAAAGAGCACGGCAAUGACCACAGCUCAAACGUAGCCAACAACAAUAACACCCAUACCCAAGGUGAUAGUAGUGAUAAUAGUGCCUCAAAACGUAUCGUAGAUAAACUAAAAAGUGAUGUUAAGGGAUUGAAAAAUGCGCUCCGGAAGCCAAGAACGGGAACAACUAGACGUAGCAAUGAAUCGAUUGAACUCCAGCCUUUACAGGGAACCAGCAGUGGCGGUAGUGGUGGCAGUGGAAGUAAAACCCCCAAAACAAUGCUUCGUCGGAUGGCUCGAGUUAAAUCGGAUGACAUCCACACGGAGGACGAAGGAAAGGACAACGACAAAAUGCCAAGUCCGAUUGGCGCUGGGCUUCCACUGUUGCAACGGCUGCGACUCCUCAAAGAGAAACAAGAUCGUGAAGAGCGUGCCGCUAAAGCGACCGCCAACCAAGUCACCAUGACCACCACCGCACAAAUAAUCUCCCCGCCGCAUACUCACGUAACCUCUGCCAUAUCACCACAGGAAUCGAUUCAGGAAGAACCGGAACCGGAAGUGAUCGGGGCCGGGCUACCGUUGAUCCAUCGGCUCCGAUUGCUCAAGGCCAAAGAGGAGCGCUUGGCCAAGGAGGCCCAUGCGAAGCUACACGUGACACCAAAUCAAGCCUCCAGUACACCAUCGCUAGCCCAAAGCCUUAGUCCAACGUCACCGAAAGCACCGCCAAGUCCCAUACUAGCUACGUUAACCGUAGCCGGCCACCAUCACAACCAUGGGAAAUCAUCCAUGCGAGUCUCGUUCAAAGAUCGCAUCAAGAGUAUGCAUCGGCCAGAGACGAAAGUAGAAUCCCGAACCGUAGCCAUACCCGAGGCAAUGGAUGUUAAACAGCAUCUGCUGGCGAGUGGUUCGGCAAAACCGGUCAGGGUGUCAGCAGCGCAAACUCUAAAAGAUAAAAUUCGAUCCUUCGGACACAUGCAGCGAGCCGAAGAUCAGCUGAAACCGUGGUCCAAACUUAAACUAGCAACCGUGGUGAGCGUUGGUGGAAGUUACUCAAGUUUGAACAAUAGUCUGAAUGAAGAUUCGCCUAUCCUCGAGCAGACCAAGAAAGCAGGCCGCUUGAAGACAUCGAUACCGGCUGAUUUGAACUUGAACUCGCUGGCGUACACCAUCCCUCCUCCAAUCUUGUCCGCUCCUCCAACGACUACUACCAGCGGAUCAAUGUUCCAACCACCGAGCAGUGUGUUCAGCCGAAGUACGACCAUCGAAAAGGUCUGCGUCAGUGAUAGUGAAGUGACGAACAAGAAACAACCUCCACCUCCUCCGGUUCGUGUUCGAAUGAAACCCAAACCGCUCAAGCUCACCAAAGAACCUAGAAGCUAUAAAAGUUACGUGUCCAUCGAUGACCUCUCACCAGAAUACAGCGGCCUUCCGUUUGUCAAACGCCUCAAAAUACUAAACGAACGCCAGAAGCUGGCCGAACUGGAGUCGGCAAUGCAAACCCGUAGCCUUAGUCUAGACUGUACCGAUUCCAACAGUAGUAAUGCUGGGUACGAACCCCUCGAUCAACUGUCCCGCAGCAAAAGCGAAGGCUCCGGCAUAGCAACAUCCCGCUCGAAACCCGCUGAAGCGGACUCCUUCUGUGAAAACCAUCCUCUGAGUCCGGAAUCGAACGAAACGCCCGAAAGGCGAAAACUGAAAAGCAUACUGAAAAGACUCUCCGAAGACAAACUUGCCCUUGAUCAACGGCAGAGCAUUCAGAAUCGAGACAUUCGGAGGCUGAUGCGUGCCCAAACGGUGGAAGGGUACGUUGCUAGACAUAGCAAGUUUGCAAAGAGCGUUACCUUCGAUAGAAACACACUCUCUAGCCCCCCAAGCAGUGCUAAUUUAUGUGAAUCUAUUGAAGAACGCACUCUUUUUCCCAUUCCUAGCGCACAAAGUUCCACCACUACAGUGACCCCCGGGACCCUGUCGACUAGCGACGAAAGUUCAGCGGCAACCGUGACGGAAAAUGUUCAGUUCAUUCCGCAGGAUCUGAUCCCAUCGCACCAGCCAACGGCACUGGGGGACACCGCGGGCAAUGAGCAGGAUCUGCAGGCACUGGUCAUCAGCAACAACGGGUAUUACGAUCCGGACGACCAACGGUAUCACACCAACGGGGACCGUCAGCUGUCGAUGGAUGAUUCACCAUCGAAGGGGUCGCUGUCUGCUUUCAACCAACAGCGAAAGAUUAUCAAAGGUUCCCUGGAGGAGCAGGAAUUUUUCGGCGAGGUACUGCUGGGCAUCAAACAGGUCAUCCAGACGCACAUGAAGGAGAUACAGGUCAAGUUUCAGGACAAAUUCUUCAACAUGGAACUGGAGGUGAAAAAGCGUGACGACAUCAUAUCAAAGCUGCAGAACCGGAUCCACGAGCUGGAACGGGACCAUCGCGGACCGAGCGAGGGCGAUGGAGAGGGACAGUCUCCCGGCAGUGGCACAUCCAGGUCUUCCGACGAGCUGCCGUUUAUGCGCGGCGACUCUCUCGACACCAUAUUCGCUUCUUCGCCGCAUUCGGACUCUGACGCACCGCGAGCGCAGAAGAUGCGCAACCGUAAACCUCGCAGUUCACCGCGCCAUCGACCGCUGCGGAAUCGUCCUACAUGGGACGAAAGUACCGAUCAGGACAGUUUCGACCAGAAGGAUUCCCCGCCGGGCUAUGCCAUCGGGACACUAUCUUCCAGAGUACAACCACCUCCCGUUCCUCCGCGACGGACUCCUACCGUGCCCGUUGUGGAUCGAGUUCGGAGCCCAUAUCGCGACAUUGUGAUAUCACAGCUUACCGGAAAUAUCGUCUCGGAUAGUGUAGUUGUCAACAUUGAGACCAGCUCAGGUUCAGAACAGUCGCAUUCCGAAAAUGAUAACAUAUACGGAAAUGCGGCCAGGAGAAGCGUAGAAGAGGACCUUGGUGAAUACGAAGAGGAAGAAGAGGAUGAGUUUGUGACCGAGUCGGGAAAGCUGGUAGAGAACCGCGGUUGUCGUAGUAGUGAGGAUGACAUUGACGAUGAUUUCGAUGGUGAUGACGAUGACGAUGAGGAAGAGGAAAUGAACCACAACGACUGGGAGGUUCGAAUGUUGGUAGCAGAACUACAGAAAAGGGAAAGUAUUAGCACCGAAAUAGCUAGUGAUCUGGAGGAGAGUGGAGGGCUUCUGCGAAGGCGACGGAAACGAAGCGAAACGGAUACCGAGGGUAGCGGAGUAGAAUUCGAAGCACUCCGAAGACCACGAGCAUCCAGUCUCGAUCAGCACAACUUGCGACGGGGAGCCAGUGUUAGCCAUGGUAGCGGCAAACGGCGUGGUUCCAUCUUCAAGGCAAUGAGCUUCGACAGGGACAAAGAUCGUCUCUGAGAAUUAGCGCUCAGAUGUGAGGUCUGCAUGUUCACCAGCGUCACCAAUGUGGUGAUCAUUGAGUGGAGCAAGCGGUAAACGAUGACUGUUAGACUAUGAACUUAAGCAAGAACCAACGUAAUUUCAAAACGCACUACUAGAAGGUAUAAAAUAAUUGCAACCGUUUAGAAGGAAAACAAACGGCUAGAGUUAAAUUAGUCUAGGAUUACAUACUAGUUCCCAAUUAUUUUGUUACGAGUGGUGAAUAAAGCGUGAGAACUCAAAUGAGAGAAAUUUUAUCGUACGUUUUGCACAGAAACAAAAGUAAAACUAUAGAAUUUAGUUAUAAUGUUAUAGAUUAAGUAGUUUUCGUAUUUUAAAAAUUAACAAUCGUUACCAUUGUUUUCGGACGCUGAGGGAUGUGAGCAAGUUGAGAAGUUUAAAGUCAGACGAAGGAGUCUUUUUAAUUAUCAAAGUUUAAUGACAAGCAACCUAAACAAUACUAGCGAUUCCUACACUAAAUACCAAUGAUAGCACUUGAGGAAGAGUUUAAAACUAUGACUAGGCAAGCAUUAUUACCCGUCCAAAAGAGUUUUAUUUAAUGUAAAAAUCAUUCAAUAACGUUCACACUUCGUUCAACAGAGGUCCGUACAGGUUCCCAUUGUUUCAUGUCUUAUGUCGCAAUAUAUUAUCAGCAAUCUUGUGGUGAACUUCAAACCCUUUUCGAGCAUUGAACGUUCCCGUUGAAGGCUUUGUGCAGACAGAUACACAUUUAGGAAAAUGAUAAACACGCAGAAUAUAUGAGGUGAAGACGAAAUACAUAUUUCAAUCGUUACUAUAAGUGUAUGAUGAACAAAGAUAUGAACUUAUCAAGAUUUGAAAAAAAAAUCAUGCACUCUACUGGUCAACAAAGUACUUGAACAUACAAUAAAAUAUUCCACAAAUGACCGUACGUCUGUUACUUAUCAACAGAAAAUAAAUGUCACUCGAAUUGGUGCUAGUCUACGCAUUCAGUCUUCAUAUUCACAGAAUUCUAUCCUAUCAAAUGGAUAGCCGGAAGUGAUGUUUAAACAUAUUUGUUUCAUUUUGUUCUCUUGCCAUAAUUCCUCUAACAGAAAAAUAACUAUUUAGCACAAAGAGGUGUGUUUUAUCGAACCCAGUCUUUGAACCACUAUUGUUAGUUCUAUAACAAAGUCUAAUCUAGAACUGAACGCGUUGUAAAACCUGUAUCAGUAUUAUAACAACUUAUAACAUCGUAGCAUAGUGCAAAUAUAAUUUCAAAACAACCAAAACACAAGUAAAAAAUCGCUUCGACAAAGCAUAAACAAUGAACUAAACGAUAUUACAACAAUUCGUAGUAUUAGGAGCGAACAACAACAAUAAUAAUAAUAAAUUCAACCGGACAGGCAAAUGACCAAACUUUCUAAUAUUCUACGGUAGCAUUUUAAAUAUAGAGUUACAAUCCAUUCAUAGAACAAUGGACAACAAAUAAGCAAACCUACGCAUGAGUGCAAUGAUCCCAGUGUGGCGAACUUUGGACAAAGUUAACUAUUUUGCAUUGCGAUUUUGUGAUAUGAUGAGAAAUAGUCUAAUAGCCCCUCCCAAGGUGGAGGUGGAAAAGGAAUACAUAGUUUAGGUUCAAUGGAUUCGGAAAUUCAGAUACUCUGUCAAACGAUAACAUUUUCCUUAUUUAAAUAAACCCCGCUUAGCACAAACAUUUUCGAAGCAAUGUGAUAAAUUCCAACAGAUUGCGAUUAGGCAAAUUAUAAACAGGGAAGAGUUUUGUUGAGCCUGCUAACAUUAGCUAGAGCUUAAAGUUGGUGCUGCAAAAUUUUCGUUUCGGAUAUAAACGCUCUUGAUAAUUGAUUGCAGUUGGUUGUGUUUGAUAAAAAAAAUCUUUUCUGGCUACGAUUAAUGUAGGGCAAAACUGAACCAAACAUAGAUCACGGAGAAAGAUCACACAAAGUAUUUAUUUGAAAAGACGAUAAUUCACUAUGGUUUGAGCUGUUGAACGUUACUCAGAAUGGACAAAAACAAACAAAUGCGGACACGUGAGUGUGUGUAAGAUUAUGCGCUGAAAAUAAGAAAUAAAAUCAAUUAACUUUUAUAUGAUUGGGGUUCUACUUAGGGACAAAAGAAUAAAGUAUAUUAAAGGAUAGCAGUUGGUUAAA